UUCUAUUUCUUGGUAGCAAACGCACGCAUAGGUUUGAGUUUAUACUCUGCAUGGGGCUUCCUAGUGGCAUUUAAUUAAUUAUUAUAAGGCCCAGUGGGCAUAGAACCAUUUUGUUGAUCCAAUUUCUAAGGGAUUUGAAAUAGUGGGACUGUAAAGUCGUCGCGAAAUUCUGCACGAUCGUUAAACGCUUCUUCAACGUACGUGAUUGUCAUCGGUAACCUCAAUCACCGUCGUUGUCUAGUUCCCAACUCUUCGCUGAUCUCUGACACCUUCCGAGUUUCCUUCCACUGGUGAAGGAAUUUAAUGUUCACCUUCAAUUUGGCCCUCUUCAUGUUCUUCUUCUUAAGCGGGCCCCAUCAUAUCAGACACUCUUAUUCUAUUUCCGAGUGAGAAUGGUGAUUAGGAGGCUUCCAUUGUUUUUCUUUCUCCUUAAUCAAUCAAGAUCAUGAAUCUAUGAUCUCCAUAGACUGAAUGCUUCGGGUAGCAAAAAUCCUGCCGAUCUUAUCGCCAACUGUCGCCAUGCUACUAUUGAUUAUAUUUAUAUAUUUCAGCUACAUUGAUUGUAGGUUUUAUAGUUACUUAAUAUUAUCUUAUGUAUGGCAAUGACUAUUAAAGAAGCUCCAUAUUUCGAGUUUUUCCUGCAUCAAUCUAUCAAUCUACUUCAACUCUACUCUGAAAACAUGUCGACGGACCUCAUUUCCAACCAAAAUAUAUGCUCCCACCCCACAGCCAUUAAUGGCGAAAACCCAAUCUCAGACCAACAAGAACACGUCCACAACAAGCUCAAUGAAAAGGUAAACGGCCUUGUUGCGACUCUCCCCGAAGGCAAAGGUUGGAGGGGCCCUGAAAUCUUUCUACAUAAAGGUUUCUGGUUGCCCCAAACAGUUUUCAAGAGCUUAUUAACGAUCCACGAAUACUUCCAUCCAAACCCCACCGACAUAUUCCUCGCAGCUUUCAUGAAGUGUGGAACCACCUGGCUUAGAGCUCUCAUGUUCGCCACCGCCAACCGCCACCGUUACAAAAUCUCUGACAAUCCUCUUCAUCAAACCGGACCCCACGGUGUCUUCCCUUCCCUCGACGCUCAAAUCUUUCUUGAUCAGUAUUCUGUAAGAAAGUUCGACAAUCUCCCUUCCCCUAGACUGUUUGCUACACACUUUGCUCAUGACUUGUUACCGACCUCAAUGACAUCAUCAUCGUCGACAUGCAAGUUUGUGUACGUGUGUAGGGAUCCAAAAGACGCACUCAUUUCCAAGUGGCAUUUCAUGAGCAAAAUCAGGUCGAAGGAACUCACACCCAUUUCGUUUAAUGAAGCUUACGAACUUUUCUGCAACGGGGUCUCCGAAUACGGACCAUUUUGGGAGCAUGUGUUGGGGUACUGGAAAGCAAGCCAGGAAUCACCUGAAAAGAUCUUGUUCUUGAAGUAUGAGGAUAUGAAGAAGGAACCAUCUGUGGAGCUGAAGAAGUUGGCGGAGUUCAUGGGAAUGCCUUUUACAACGGAGGAAGAGGAGGGUGGGGUUGUGGAAGAGAUUGUGAAGCUGUGUAGUUUUGAGAAUUUGAGUAACUUUGAGGUGAAUAAAGAUGGUGUUCAGAUGUUUGGGGCGGAGGUGGUGGUGGAGAAUCGGAAUUUUUUCAGGAAAGGAAAGGUGGGAGAUUGGGAAAAUUACUUGACUGAGGAGAUGAGAGACCGGAUUGAUUCAAUCACUGAAACCAGAUUGAAAGAUUCAGGGUUGGCACUAGGGCUCACCCAAAAAGCUUAAUAUUAUUUCAAGUUUAUGUUUUACAUAAUAGGAGACCAAACUUUUUUGUUAUCGUUCUAUUUCAAUUUAUGCAUGUUAAACAUUAGCAUCAAGAAAUUGUAUGUGGUUUUCAAAAUGAAAUAAAGACAUUAUUAAUAAAAACUAGGGAGGAGCCCCGCUUUGCGGGGUUGGAUCCGCCAGAAAUAACUGACCAGUGAGAUUUAUUGCAAGUUUGUUGAAGUUAAUUAAAGCAUCUUAAUUUUAUUUGUACCUAACAUCGGGUGUGUAGGUGUUUGAAGUAGAAUGUCCUAAUAAGAAAAAAGAUGGAAAAUUACAACGUUACGUAUAGUGUCUAAAUAAGAAAAAAAUAAAAGUGUAACAUUGUAAUAGAGAGAAUUGAAUGUAAGAUGAGAAUCAAGAAUCUCAGAUGUAGGCCAAAUCUCACAUACAAUUAGUAAAAGAAAAAAUUAAAAUGUCAUUCUUUCUCAGCAGGUUAUACAAACAUUUAUUUGGUUUAAGAAAGUAUCUAAUAACCCAUUUAUAGAAAUGAUUCAAGAUAAAUUCGAUUACUAAAUGGACAAAUGAGUCACAGUUAUUGGCAGUCAUUAGUGGU